GUAUAUUUUUGCAAGUUACGCAUCUCAGAGCUCUGCUAGUACAAAAAUCCAUUUCAUAUUUUUUAUAUGUUAUGUUGGCAUCCAUUCAUAAAUUGGACACGUGGUCCGAUUAGUUUCAAAAUUAUAAAGAAAUCGAGUGUCUGCAUUAUUGGGAUGUUUCCACGUAUAAUUCACGGUAGUCUAUUUUGGACGUCGGCGAUGAAGAUGCGAUAGCUUGACGAUUGCGUCACAACGUAUCACGCAGCGCAGCUUAGAGGGAGAAGUGGCGCAGCGCAUCUUCGGGUAGUCUCGGCUGGGAAUCAAACUCCAGACACCUAGGAUAAGAUCUAGGUAUAGCAACUGCUUGGCUAUAGACUUGUGUUAUUUUCAACUAGUAUAUUUUAGCUGUGCAAAAAUGCGUGCAAUGGAGACGAUGUGUCGGAUGAAAAGUUCGGCGCAGCAGGAGCGGGCGGCAGGGCGGGGUUGGCAGUUGGCACGGUGCCCGCGCAGCCGCCAGUGCCCCGCCAGCUGCCCCGUCGUCGCCCGCGCCGUCAGCCGCUCUCCGUCCAGCGCCUCCGCGACGAACUAACUUCAAUUGUAGCAAUAUAUUCCACGCGCACGCACCGAGUACGAAGUCUUUACGAUCCUGACGUUUCAGUGCAAAAACUGUUGCUUGGCGUCACCUAGAGUUCGCGAAUUGCGCGAAGUCCGCGCCGACUCCCGAGCCCAGUGGAUCUAGGUCGCCCGGUCGAGCGGCAGCGGGAUAUUUUUAUGGGCGCCACGCUGCAGACGUACGAGCGCCUCGGCCGCGCACUUAAAUAAAUUAAUUAUUAUUUAUAGCUUAGAACAUUAAAUCUCAUUCCGUAAACAUUGGCGGUUGAGGUGAACGCGUGGUCACGUUUCGGUGGAUAGAUUAUAGUAGGAAGUUAUGAUCGAAGGCCGGAGAUAGAAUUAUUAGUAGUAAGCAAACUGCAUUUAAUUGUAACCGUUGACAUUUGUGAUUAGUGCAUUUGUUAGUGUGCAAGUUCAGUGAGCAUGCACCACCUGUACCCGCUGGCGAAGGGCGACCCUCUGUGCCCGCUCGGCUUCCACCCGCAGGUGCGCUGGCCCACGCGCUGCAAACGCUGCUUUCGUGACUACAAGGAGCACGGCGGGGGCGGGGGCAGCGGGGGGCGCCGACGUGACGAUGACUUCGCCUCCACGCCCAGCCUCGCUACCUGGACCUCGCCCGUUGGCGCUGCACGUGGUCGUGAUGAAGAAACCAGCGGGGAGAAGACGGGACGUGGCUGGGCGUCCAGCACAAACCUUAGCUCUAUUGAUGCUCCCAAGAAAGACACCUUAUCUACAGGCGGGAACAAAACGAGCACAUGGACGUCGACGCCGGACCUGGCAAACGACAAUGAUACAACCACCGCGGUGACCUUCAGCCUUAAGCUGCCUAAACGACGGAACACGGGGCCUCUGCCCUCCAUCGAUACCGGUCAGAAUGUUACAGACACAGUAUUGGUGCGUCGACCGUCGCCAUCGCCGCCGCCCACCGCCGCUGCAACCAUCACUAUCAACAAGAACGACUCACUCGCAGAACGUGUCCGAAAGAUGCAGCUUAUAAAAUCACAGAAUAGCUUUGAGAAGGAGUCUAGUAUAGAAAAGGAAAGAGAAAAAAGAAGCGCGUCACGAAGUAAAGAGGAAGAGAAAACAGUUAAACUAAAAGAAGAAAGAGCUUCUGCUAAGGACGAUGUUAAUUUCCUUAUUCAGGUAAAGAACUCCAGAAACACUUCGUCAAAUUCUAAACCUCCCAUAAGAGGUGGGCCAGCUCGAGACAAGGAAGACACAUCAGAUGAUGAUACAAGUACUGCAGGCACUAUCACUACAGACACUACACUUGUUGAUGCUAACAUCAAAGAUUAUCAGGACCAAAUAGAAAAUUUAAAACAAGAAGUGGAUCUUCUAAGAAAGAGAUGCGAAAGAGUGGAGAAAGAAAAAAGUGAUAUACUACUUCGAAGAUUAGCAAAUAUAGAUACAGCUAACAAAUAUACUACAGGAAGAUCGUCUGAAGUUUUAAAGUUACAACAAAAAGUUAACGAAUUGACAACACAAAAUGAAGACUUGAGAGAUGAGAAAAAACACCUCGCACUUAGAGUGAGAGAAAUUGAGGCUGAGUUAGAGUCACGGCCGUCAAUAGAAGCUCAGACAAAACAAAUCGAACAGUUACGAUCGAAACUGUUAGCUGCUGAAACUUUGUGCGAAGAAUUAAUGGAUGAAAAUGAGGACAUGAAAAAGGAACUGAGAGAACUCGAAGAGGAAAUCGAAGAAAUGCAAGACAACUUCAGGGAAGACCAAGCUGAUGAAUAUUCAUCACUGAGAAGAGAAUUAGAACAAACGAUUAAAAAUUGUAGAGUUUUAUCCUUUAAGUUAAAGAAGACUGAAAGAAAAGCUGAACAGUUAGAAAUAGAGAAAGCUGAACAAGAAAAGAAAUUAUUAGAGAUAGUUGGUGGUCAAGACGGAAUGCAGCGAGAGAAUCGCAUUAAGGAGUUGGAACAAGAAGUGGCGCGGUCGACAGAAGUGUCGCUGCGACUGCAACGCGACCUGGCGGACGCCAACGCAAAGCUAGCGGCAGUGUCCGGUGCGCCGCCCGCCAAUCUUAAGAAGCACACGCCUCCUUCUGAUGGUAAGGUGUCGCGGUCAUCACUAACGCGAGGUGGUAGCCAAGAGGACCCCGCUCAACUGCUUCGAGACUUGCAAGACUCGCUGGAAAGAGAGGCCGACUUGCGAGAACAGUUGCGCAAUGCCGAAGAAGAGGCCAGUCGUUAUAGGCAUCGCUACGCAGGCAGAAGAAUUCCACAUCUACCAAAUUCCCCUCAGCUCGCUUUUACCUCUAAAUCUCAAACUGAUUCGGUAGAAGACAAAUCUAGACAACAAAUUAUCGAAACCCAAAUUGCUCUUGAUAAAAAAUUAUCAUCAUUCGAUUUACGUAAACUAACAAUAGGUGUCAACGAAAUCGCGCAAUCUCCGCAAGAUCAUAUUCAAUACUACUCUCAGGGUUGUCAAACAGAUCAUGUAUUAUUGUUAGACAUCGGGACAGAGAUUACAAAAAUAACUUUGGACUCUAACGUUCAGUGUACUAUUUCAAAUUCGGAAAUGUACACGCAAACCGAAAUCCCCUUUACAAAAAAUAAAGUUGCCCAAACUGAUAUUUUACAAAAGAAUUGUCUUACACAAACAGACAAAGCCAAAGAAAGAGUGGCUGCAACACAGACAGCACCUCAAAUGAAAAAUGAUAUUUCUACACAAAUUGAAAGUUAUAUUAUAGAAAGCAUUGAUGUUAGCACUAAUACAAAAGGUUUGGUUGCAAUCGAUAAAAGUGUGUCGACUGAAUCUUGCGCUCCCAAUGUUUCAUGUUCUGACGACACUGAUAGUAUGAAAAACAAUAACGAGAUAUUAGACCGUAGAACAGAAAAGUCAGACAGUCCUCCUCUUUCAUCCGAUAAGACGAUUCCCGGUCCAUCGGAUCGCAUAUUCCCGUUCGUAUCAUUAUUCAAUCCUUUGGCGGCAAGGAUACCAAUUGUAGGUCGAAAACUGUCGCCAACACCUCCAAGUAAUCGACUUUCCAUUGAAGCACCUAAUGAAAAAGAUGAAGGAAUAUCAGACGAAGAGGAUCCAGCUGAAUUGCGACUUUUACUUGAGCUCAAUGAACAGGAAUCUGCAGUAUUGCGACGUAAGGUUGAAGAUUUAGAACAAGAGAGAGAUUCAUUGAAAAAACAAGUUAAAGAACUCACAGAGAAAAUCUCAAGUAUCAGUAGCAAGCAGAAUAAUACGACAACUACAGGUAUUAGAAGAACUACAGGCAAAUCAAACAAUUUAGCGGAAGAAAAAGUUAAAGUUUUAGAAGAUGAAAUAGCAGAAUUGCGAAAGAAAUUGAUCGAAAAAGACAGGGAUUGUGAAAGACUUCAUGCAGAACUAAGUAUUGCCCAGAAGAAACCAAAAGCAUCUUUGAUAAAAAGCAAGUCUCUUGAUGGUGGAAAUGAUUUACAAAACGUAGAUUUGAAACGACAACUUCAAGUUAUAGAACAAGAAGCUAAUGUUCUACGGGCAAAGACACAAAGCUUAGAAGCAGACAACGAAAAAUUGCAAUCAGAAAAUAAAAAAUUACAGCUAAUGAAAAAUGCCAAAUCCAUUAAGUCUGAUAAAAACUUAGAACAAUCGUCUAUUAAAGUAACCCAAUUAGAGACUGAGUUAAAGGAAGCUUUAGCGAAAAUAAGGGAUUUAGAAAGCAGUAAAGAAAAAGAUGAAAAGACCGAAAAGAAAGUGAGAUUUGGUAGUGAUUUAAGUAAGAAAGAUGCUGAAACUUUAAAACUAAAACAAGAAGAACUAGAUAAAUUAAAGCUUAAUUAUUCUAAGAUGGAAAAAGAAAAGGCCAAACUACAACUUACUCUUAAGGAACUAAAAGAAGAUGCGAUAAAAUCUUUUAAGCCCAGGGCUCCAAAGAAAUUGACAGAUUUAACUACGAAAUUACAAAUGAAGAAAAUGGUAGAUGACUUAGAAAAUGAAAUUGGUGAACUUUAUGUUAUUAUGAAAAAUGCUGGUUUAUCGUCGCAAGAAAUUAAUGCAAAAGCCCAAUUAGAAAAAGACAUCGAGGAGAUAAGAUCAAAACUGUCACGUAACGAAUCAGAGUUUAAAAAUGAGAAAAAUCGUUUGCAAACAGAAAUCGGAAAACUUAAAGAUAUCAAUUCAAAACUGGAAUCAGAAAAAGUAUCAUUUACUGAUAAAUGCAAAGGCCUAGAAGUUGAAAACCAAAAAGUUUUAUCUGAGUGUAAAACACUGAAAGAAGAAAAGAAAAACUUAGAAAGUCAAAUUUCUAAACUCAGUGCUGAUUUAAAAAAAACUUCCACACACCAAACUGCAAUGUCUGAUUGUAUGAAAAAAAUUGAAGACCUAAAAAAAGAAAUGGACACAAAAGAUAAAGAGAUCGAAAAAUUAAAAAAACAGGUUGAUAGUAUCAAUAAAUUAGAACAAGACAAAAAUAAAUUACUUAAAGAAGUAGGAGACAAGACGAAAAAGAUAACUGAGUUAGAAAAAAAACUAAAAGAAACUGAAGAAAAAUGCAAACGCAACGAAAAACUACUCUCGUCUCAAAAAGAUCGCGUCUCGAAGUUACAAAAAGAGCUAACUGAAGAGAAGCAGCAAGCGGAGGCCCUUAUAAGCUCUCAUAGACGAUCUUCUAUAGAAUUUACAAGCGAAAAAGACGAACUUCAAACAAAGCUAAUAAAAUCUGAAAGUAAAGUUAUAAAUUUAGAAACAGACAUAAGAGAUUUAAAAAUAGAAUACGAUAAAAAAAUUAUAGAUCUGGAGUCAACUAUACUCGCAAAAGAUACCCACAUAAAACAAAUGGAAGAUGCAUUACGAGAAACUUCUAAUCAGAAAUAUGACGAACCAGUUUUAUCAUCAGAAUUAUCACAAAUGAAGGAGAAAUAUGAAACAGCGACAAAAGAAAUUCAAGACAAAGAAGAGGAAUUGUUGUCUGCUAAGCAAAAAUUGAAUACCAUCGAAAAAGAACUUUCAAUUCUACAAACAGAAACGACUCAAUUGAAAUCUGAAAUAGCAAAACAUGAAAACGAACGAAAAGAUUUAGAAAACAAAUUGCAAACAGAAAAGAAAGAGUCUAAAUAUUGGGAAAACAAAACAUCUGAACUUGAGAGUGAUUUACAGGUUGAACGAAAGAAAAUCGACAGGAUUAGAGCUACUCACGAUAAGGAUAUUAAGAACAAGGAAGCUGAAUUGGCUACUCUUAAAGGCAAAUUAAAAAUAUUAGAACAGAGUUCUGGAGCAGGAGCGAAAAGGAUAAGCGAUCUAAAACAAGAACAUGAAGAAAGCAUUAAAAAAUUGGAGCAUUCCUUGGCCAUGGAAAAAGCUGAAUACGAAGAGUUAACUGUUAAAUACGAACUAUUAGAAGAGGAACAUGUGGUCACAAAAGCACGACUGACUGUAGAGAAAGAACAAGCUCAAGGCGAACUGUUACACGUUCGUAAGGAAUUAAAUGCAACGCUAUCUGAUUUGAAAUCGUUACAAGAGAAAAUGGAGACACAAGUUUCAAACUUAAACAAAGAAAAGGCUGAUCUACAGAAUGAGAUAUCGUCUCUACAAGAGCGUCUGUGCGGCGGGGGGUGGGAAGUAGAACGCGCGCGAUUACAGGCGCGCUUGGAGCAGCGCGAACGAGAGCUACGAGACGCGCACGACCAGCGCGACGUGCUAGCACACCACCAAGAUAUUACCAAGAAAGAGCUAGAAGAAGCUCGUAAGAAGCUAGAAGAUUACGAGAAAGUCAGCAAGGUGCAUAGGAAUCUAUCGGCGGACAAUGUAGAGCUGGAGAGAGAGCUGGCAGCCAUGAACGGCCGCCUGGAGCAGGCGGAGCGCGCGCGCAAGGCGGAGCUCGCCGACACCAAGAUACGGUAUGAGGGCCAGAUGACCACCAUGCGAGAUGAACUCAAGUCACUGCACAAUCAGGUUUCAAGAUUCAGAAGAGAGCGUGACAACUACAAGCAAAUGCUGGAAGCCGCCCAGAAGACAAUGGAGGAAUUGAAGAGUGGAGAAAAACGAACACACAGAGCGUCUAUUUCAAGCACCGAUGAGGAGGAGUACCGUAACAAAGUGGCGGUGUUGGAGCAGCAAAUGGCGUGCCUGGAGGACGAGCUAUGCGAGGCUCGCUUGCUCUCCUCCAAACUGAACACGGAGCUCGUCAGCGAGCGCUCGCAGGCAGAGGUCCGCCUCGCCGAGAUGCAGUCAAGAUUGAACGAAUACGAGGAGGAGCGGCUGCUGUCGUCGGGACGGGCGCGCGUGGCGGGGCUGGCGACACGCAUGGAGCUGGCGUGGCACAAGGAGCGCGACGAGCAGCAGCGCCUGCUGCAGGAGACCUCCACGCUCGCCAGGGACCUGCGCCAGACGCUAUUCGAGGUUGAGCGAGAGAGAGACAAGGAGAGAUUAGAUAUGAAGAGAAGAAUAGAACAAUUAAAACGAACGACUGAAGAAGAAAUUGAGGAGGCCAAGAAAAAGGUAACGGAGCUGCAAUGUGACUUGCUGGAGCUGCGCGACGCGCACGCCAAGCUGCGUACGGCCAGCGAGAAACUGCGCAGAGACAAGGAGCGCCACGAGCGCGACCGCGACCAGAAUAAGCUUCUCGUUGCCUCGCUCAAGCGCGCGCAGCAAGAAGAUGACAGAGUCAUUACACAACUCUUGGAAACCAUCGACGAUCUCAUGAAACAGAGCCCCGAAUUAUUCCGCAACGAACAACCCGUUAAACCGGAGAAGAGUUUAAUGACGCCUACACCUCCAAGGCGUAACAGAUCAUCAAAGUCCCGGUCGCGGUCGGGAACGCCUGAGAGCGCGGAGGUGGCGAGUGCGGCGAGCGCAGCCGCCACCGCCGCGCGGCUGCGGCGCCUCACUGACGAGCUGCGCGCCUCGCGCAUCGCCGAGCGCACGCGCAGGCACCAGGCCGCCGGCAUGAGACGAGGCAUGACGGCGGAGCCGCGGGACGCGAUGUCUGUAUCUCCGGCGACUCGAACGCCAUCACGCGCGUCCUCGCUCAAGAAACGCUCCAUCUCGCUCGAACAGACCACUAAAGAACAGAGCACGAUAUGGAUGUCAGUGGAGGAGGGCAGCGUGUCGUCGAUGCAGUCGCUGGAUGGCGAGGACUCGCGCCUCUACACGCUGCCAAGAGACUCCAGCCUCGACAGUCGUCUGUCGGGAGGGUCAGCACAGAGCGAUGUGCUGCCGACAGAAAAGAAGAAGAAAAAGAGUAUUUUCGGCAAACUAAAGAAACUUACGAAAUCUCGAUCCGUUGACGAUCACGUCGAGAACGCGGAGGUUGUAGACUUCCGACCUAUUGGCACAGUUUCACAGGGUUCUGAUUCGGACAUGAGUACAGCGGGCAGUAAACGAGAUUUACGAGGACGCAUUUCUGAUAUGUUCAGUAGAAAAGGACAAGUAUCACGAACGAGCAGCAAAGAGCAGAGUCCGGAGCGGGCGAGUUCGUCGGCGAGCACGGGCAGCGCGCGGCCCAUACUGCGCAAUGCCAGCACCAACGCACUCACGCGGCAAUCGCCAGCCAAACCUAGCGAAACACGAACACCCAGAGCUUCGAGUACAACACCAGGCACCAAGAGGAAAGGAAAAUAAGUGACAAAUUGCGUUUCACUUUAUUUUAUAUAUUGUAUUUAAUUUAUAAAUUUUCCUCUUAUGAAUUUUCCAAAUAGCGCGUUAUAUCACAAUUUGUUUUAGUAUAAAUACUUUCAGCUGGACGAUUAUCAUAACGAAAUAUGGUGGAAAAAAACACAGUAGCAUCUUUUUAAAUU